GUAACUUAAAACAUGGCGGCUGUUUUGGAAGAUCGAGAGACAGAAAUGGCAAAUGAUAUGGACGAAGACGGCUAUAUUUUGGAACGUAUCCUUUUAAAGGCAUUUCCUAUUUUUAAGGACAACGUUCUCGUUCGUUUUAGCAUAAUAAAAACUCCAAAAUUGUUGGUAUUUCGAAAUAUCUUUGUUUUGUAUUUUAUAAUUGUCGUAGUCGUACUGUCAGUUUAUACUCCAUACUAUCUAAAACAUUCAGAUUUGGUCAAUAAAUAGCCGAUUUGUUUGAUAAUUUCAGUGAAUGGUUUCGUUCAGAUAGUUCUAUUGAUCUGGAGUAAUUUGCCUUCAUUUUAUACUCCAUCGUUGUUUGCAAUUCUGCCAAUUCACACAUGCAGAGUCGCCGACAAUGCCAGACACGGCUUAGUCGAAAUUCACAAAACUGGAAAAUAUUUGAAAUAUGUGUUAAGUGUGCAAUACCAUUGGUCAAAAAAAUCUCGGGUGUGCACUUGCCAGACUCUGCAGUCUGGGAAAUUCUCUCACACUCAAUAUUUCUUUCUGUAGAUCCAAAACAUUUCAAUCCUCAUACUUUAACUUAUGUCUACAAAAUUCUUACCUCUACCAUGCACCUUCACCGGCCUCUCCAUCUUCAAAAGAUCUCUUAAAUCUCUUGAAGCCACUUACUCAAACUUGGUUGCAGCAACAUUUGAUGUAGACAAUAGAUGGUUUCCUUUAUCAGAUGGUUCCCUUAUUGCGUUCACUGAAUGCAACCACAUUAUGCUUUGUGAUUUUUAUUAUACUAACACAUCCGUGAAGCAUUCAGGUGGUUAAUGUGUUCAUGGUGCAUACUAAUAGAGGGAAGCGGCUUUUUAUAUUUGUAUUUUAUGUACGUAUUUCGUUGCUUCAGUGUUUGCACCUUACAUGGGACUUUGUGUCCUGUUUGUGCUUAUGCUGUUUGAGUACUGUAUAUAUUAAUUAUACAUAAUAUAUUAUAUUUAUAUUGGGUCAUUCCAGAAAACAUCCAUACCACCCCCACAGAGGAAAUUGGAAGUUAACCCCCCUACCCCCUUUGGAUGUCCUAAUAAUAAUAGCUUUAGCAAUACCUGUAAAAUAUGGUCAUGCUAAUAAAGCGAUUAUCAAUAAGAAAAAAACAAAAAACAUUUACUAUUAUCAGAAACAAUUUUUUCUCCCCUCCCCCUCCAGACGGCAGAAAUUUCCUCUGUGGGGGGAGUGUGGAUCUUUUCUGGAACGACCCAUUUAAUUAUAUAUAAUAUAAUUAUAUAUGUAAUGUUCUCAAUAUAAAUAUAUUAUUUAUAUAUCACAUCACAAGUUAGCCUGCGUAGCGGCUGGGCGGUAUUCACAGGCACAAGAGAAUGGGCAGCAUGAAAUACUGCCUGCCCAAAAACUACAUAUUCUAAGUUUCGCCCACAGAAUGCAUGGUUCCGCCUAUCUUAAUGUGUAUUUAUAGACAUGACAUGGACAAAUUUGUACUGUCUGCAUUAAAUGUUGAGGACCUUUUUUGGGAAGAGUUGAUCUAUGGAAGUUAACAAAGUUUUGUAAACAUUAUUCCCAGUUCUGUAUUACAUCAUAUUACAUAAUUAUUUUCUUUGACUUUAACAUUAGAGGUUACAAUUCCUGAUUACGGUGAUGAAGAUUUCGUAUAUGAAGAGGUAAUGUUCGUCAGCACAUACAAAUGUCAUGCGCCAGCAGCAUAGAAUAUUUGUUCAGUUGGACAUAACAUGGAGACCAAUGUAGCUACUGUAAAUACACCACAGCUGUACUUGUAGAUGCUAUUCAUGGAAUGAGAGGGGUGAUUAGUGAUGGGUGCACCAGGAUAUGAUGUGUUUAUUUUGAUCAUUAUUUGUACAUGACCUUAGAAAUAUAGAUUCCUAAGCAUUUUACUUUAAAACUUACACUGUGUAACUAAUAGAUAUAUCCUCAGACACACUGAAGACAUCACAUGGUUGUCGUAAGGGCCAGCUUACAAAAAAUCUAGUUGGAAUUCUAAUAGGGAUUUCUAUGCCCAAAUUCCAAUGGGAACAAUUAGAAUUCCACUAGGAAUUUACAUUUUGCAAUUCAACUUUCGGUGGAAAUGGAUGCAGCAUCACACGUCGCAUUAACCUCCAUCUGGUCCAUUUUACUAUUCUUAGGUUUUUGCCUUGCUAGAUUAGAUAUUACAUGGAUAUAUUGCCAAAUUAUCCAUUAGUAUUAUGAAACAGUGUCACAGUGAUACAUUCAGUGACACACAGUAUCAUGUUCCAGAACCUGGAACUCUUUACCAACUACACUAAGAUCUCCUGACAUUAAUAUAAUUCGGCAAUUCAAAACUGAUUUACAAACUUACUACCUGACAGCCCUGAGAGAAUGCUUCAACGAAGAAGAUCCGAGGACAUGGAAGACUAUAUGUCUGAAGUGUAACACUAGUCGUUAUUUACGUUCUAAACUGACUUGUUGUUUUUAGUCUCCUGUCCAUGUACUGUAUGUUAUAUGUUCUGUACUGUAUGAUUGUGUAUUUUUGUAUAAGGGCCUGUUGUGAGAAUAUUAUGAACGUUUUAUAAUAUUAAGAACUCAUUAAGAACUCAUUAAGAACUCAUUCAGUUGGAACUUACUAAGUUAUGUAGCUGAUUAUGCAGCGUAUUAUUAGUUAGAUUAUCUAGUAUAUUGUUAUGUUAAUAAAGUAAAAAACCCAUAAAAAUAGAACGCUAUUUUAGACUCAGAUUAAUAAUACUGUGUAUGUAGUCGGUAAAGUACGUGUCAAGAAAAUACAAUUUAGUGAAACCGAUAUUUGAGUUUAUAACAGGGCCCACAGUAAUUGGUUUACACUGUUGUUAGUCCAGUCAAUCUGUGACCAGAGGUCAAAGAAAUUGCAAUAGAAUUUUUCUCAGUGGUAAAAUGUGAGGGAAAGUGUCCUGAUCGAUUAACAUACUAAAAAUUAAAAAAAAUCCCUUAGGUGGAACAUGGUGAAAAUCAAGUUUUUCUUACUUCUACCUAUAGAAAACCAUUGCGGACAGAAUGUUCAAAUUUUGAAAUCAUUUUUAAGCAAAUGUAACCAACAUUAUUGGAAAGCUUAAACAAAACUAUAUUAAGGUCAAUUAAACCGUUAUAUUCAAUUUACUGGUCAGUUUGUCGUUAUUCUAGCUCAAAGUUGGAAAAAUAGCGCAACAUUUGCACAAAAUACAAAUUUAUGGCAUUUUAAAUCUUGUUUAACUUCGGCUGGAUAGGCAAAAGCAAGGUAACCGUUUAAUGAUCUAUAUUUUAGUUUUUUCUAAGCUUUCCAAUAAUGUAGGUUACAUUUGCCUAAAAAUGAUUUCAAAAUUUCAACAUUGUGUCCACAAUGGUUUUCUAUAGGUAGAAGUAAGAAAAACUCGAUUUUCACCAUGUUCCACCGAAGGGUUAUUUAGUAUGUUAAUCAGAAAAACUUUUCACACACUUUACCACUGAAAAAAAUAUAUUGCGAUUACUUUGAUCAGGACCAUGUACUUAUAGUGAUUUGACUGGAUUAUGUCAGGUGUCCCUGCCAUUCUUGUCCAUGUUUAUUGUCUAGAUGUCUAUUUGCUGUUCUGUUACGUGUUUUUGUUUAAUAAGUUUAAUAAAUAAAUAAAUAAGUAAAUCCAGCACUCAGCCACGUUCUUUUUUGAUCCAGGUGCCUGUCGAUGAUAACGCUUCUGUAUCAGGUAUGCAUGAUGCUAUUCUGUGUGAUGUACAGUAGGUCCUGGAAAUUUUAUUAGGGGAUGUCAUUGGUACUGCCAAAGUGACGGCAGCUGACUAGUCGUUACAGGAAAUGUAUUAGUAUUUGCUUUUGGCAUUUUUCAAUUAUAUAAAAUUCAUCCUCAUCUAAAAAAGAAGUACACAUUUUGUAUUCUAAAUUGAAAAUGCAACAUUUGAGAUCGCUGCAUGUGUCAGUUGUAUUGUAUCUUUAAUAGCGUGAAGCUAAAAAUACAAAUGUAGCUGAGUCUCCCCUCUAUAACACCUCUGGUCAGUUUGAAAUUUGGCACUAUACCAGUGACCUUAACAAAUAGUCUCUUUUUGACCAGUAAAAUCUUCGAGUAAUCUAUCUGGCGUUCGCUCAUUAGACGAGCUAAUCAGUGGGAUCACAAGAACCAAUUCAUGGACAUGGAGAACGAAACGCCAAUUGAUUUCAGUGUACAUAUAGCAAAAAUAAAAAUAUUGUGUAAAUAUAGUAAAAUUAAGCCAAAACACAUGCACGAGCGUUUACAAAAGUAUGUUAAAUUGAUUUUAUGCAGAGGGAAGUGAAGAUUUUGAAACUGCAGUAAAAGCUUUAAAAGAAGAAAGUGUAGACAAAGCUAUAGUACAGGUAAAGUUUGCUAUCACUCAAAAUAUAGUCUGAAUGAGACGUAAUGAGUAUAUAAUAUUACUAUAAUCAAGUAUAAUGUACAAAAACCGGCCUGGUUAUAGCGUCUUUUACUCCUACAAAUCAUUAUAUUUCGCGAGCGCCCGCAAUUUACUGACCAGCGACAACAAAAUUCCCACCUGUUCAAAAUGUGACCCCUAUUAUAGUGUAUCAGAUUGAUCCCAAACCCCACCCCAUGGAAUACGUUUCCCUCUCUCUCCAAUUUAAUACUGGGUGAUUUAUGGGGGUGAAGAAAACAAUGAAAUAGAAAAAAUAAAAUAUUUUAAAAUUUUGUUUAAAAGAGAGCCUCAAAACCAAAUAUGGUUUAAACUGCUCCUUAAAACAUAUACUUUAUAUUGGGAGAAAAUUCAUUCAUCUCAAAAUACGGAAAAAUAGGAAUUAUUGGACAUUUCCUCCGUUUUUUAAAAGUUGCAAUUUUAUACUUUUUUUAGCCUCCGAAUGUUCUCAUACCUCCCUCACCUUCCCAAUAAUGCAAUAGAUUAAAAUUUUUUGGUUAGCUGAAAAAACGAGACCAAAAACUCCAAUAAAACGCUCAAAAAUCAAAUUACUCGCCCCAAGUCUCUUUUCCCUUAAACCGCGCAAAUAGUCGCGCAUGAGCAGACAAAUUUCCCACGUGUUCAGCUUUACUAUAUCCAGGUGAUCUCGUGUUCGUAUUUUAGCCAAUCAGCGCUCAGAAAGGGUUGUCCGAAUAGAAAUCCAUUUUGAUGUAUUCAGUCAAUUAUAUCUUUCAUUAUUCUUUAUGAAACUAGUUGAACUUUUGUAAUUAUGUUUGGUUAUGAGAACUAUAGCUCUGACAAAAAUAUGGAAUCGAAAUAAAGUAUAUUACAGGAGAUAUUCAGUUGUUUUAAUCAUAAAAUGGAUUUCUAUUUGACAACUAGUGCCAGUACUUUUCCGCGUAUCAAGAUCACCUGGAUCCCAUUGCUAGUACAUACAAUACGCACGUGACGGUAAAAGACCAGAUUUAUGAAUGUUCUUGUUCACUAACAUAGAUGAUGAGUUAUAUUGUUAGUCUAAUGAGUUUCCAAACCAUCUAUUCUAUUAAGGCCCCUGCGUGACCAAAACUUUGAAAAGUUUAUAGCCCCCCUCUUCAGUAUAUAUCGAGAACUUUCAGAGCCCCCCCCCUUUAAUUUAUUUAUAUAACAAGUAAACAACAACUACUCGAAUUCCGCAGAAUGGAAGAUUUUCAGUUUGUUUAGAAACAAAUAAAAAAAUUAUUUUCCAAUUUCCCCAUUUAGCAAAAGCCAGCAACCACUACAACAUCGGAAGCCACUGUUACAUUGGUAAGUUACUUACUUCAAUUUUUAGGAUCUCCAGUAAAUGGCAGAAAAAAUCUAAAAUUUAAUUAAUUGCUAGGAAAUGUCCGUUUUAACAAAAUGUCGUUGCAGGAAAUUUCUUAUUUCUUGGAGGAAAUUUUAUCAUUUUCUAUAUUGCUGGAAUCCCAUAGUUUGCAAGCUUGCUGUUUUAGAAUUACAAAUUCUUCUUGCAAAUCAAAAUUGUCACAUUGAAGAUUGCCUCCAUGUCCGGCAGCCCUCGUUUUCUAUAACCAUAGUUAAAGUAAAGUUUUGAAUUUGGGUUGUGCAGGAAUUUUUAUUUUCGGAUUUUGCUGCCCGGAAGAAAAAUAUUUUUGUAGGCCUGGUGGUUAUUUUUAUAGACAGAAAUUUUCAUCUAGAAAACCCUUCUACAGACAGAGACAGACGCGCACGCACGCACGCACGCGAGCACAUACCUUAAUUGGCAAACAUGUUUUUUGAAAUACUGAAAUGUUUAAUUCGCUUACAUUAAGAGACCUGAGGUGGUUGAUGAUUUCGUAAGAAAUUUCCUCGUGAAAAUGGAAAUGAAACGGACCUUAGAUUGUUUUCAGACAGAAUGGUAAGUGUUGAGAAGCAUUUUCCAAACAUGGCGGAACAUGUAUUUAUUCUACAAGCACAUACGAUAUUCGUUCCACUCAAAUUUUGGAAGACCUCAAUUGGCUUCCAAUUGCAUGAACUUGAUUUAAAAAACAGGGAAGCUAUUAUGACAUUUAAAGCGUUAACCAGACAAGCGCCGGAUUAUCUUAGACUUAGAUAAUUAUUUACUGAGUGUAAAAAUGAUUUCUAUUGUCUAAGUCUAAGAAGUAACGACACUAAACUAGCACUCCCAAAACCAAGGACUAAUUUCCUAAAAAGAAGUUUUUCGUAUAGAGCGACAAAGUCGUGGAACGAAUUAUCGAGUGACAUAACCAACGAUUACCGAGAGCUAUCAAUCAAUGCUUUUAAAGAGCGACUUGAAAUAAGUAAAUAACCAAAUGAUUCCAUGUAUAUAGUUGUUUAAGUUUUUCAUAUUAAUGUUUUCAUUGUUAUUUCCUUUGUAAUACAGUAUAUUGUAAUACCAUUUUGUAUAUACACGGCCCUUUUAAAAUCAGUAUUGUAUAUAGUAGAAUGUUAACACUGAAUAGUCAUUUGUUUAUGUUUAUUUAGCUUUGCCAACUAGGGCAGGGUCACCACAACAGCAUAUGCCAAUUACUGUGGGCCCUUUUUACCUAACCCACCCUACCGUGUUAAAAGAAUUUUAAUAAAGAAACUCUCAAAUUGACUUGACAUGCGCUCUAUACAGUACUGAUCUCUCAAGGCCGUAGUAUAGAGAGUGAAGAGAUCCAAUCCUAGCUGGUACUAUUUUGGCACUUCUACCAAAUCUAUUCUUGACUGGCUAUGUAUUUACUUUUUGUACAUAUUUAUGAGGUUUGCACCGCAUAUUUUCAUUCUAUUAUCUCUAACCGUCAUCAUGCAUGAUCAGGUCAUAAACUGAGCAUUUGGAUAAUCGUAAAUUUUUUCAGUACCGAAAUUGUUUUUAAGACUUAUAGUCAUAGAAGUUCAAAAUGUCGAAUUGUUUUAAUGGAAAAUCCAAGAGCCACUGAAAUCGAAAAUAUAAGCGGUUGCACACAUACGCGUCCCUGCUGGAAAAUCUAAUAGAGAUUGGAUUAAUAUACUGUGACGGUCUGUGCCCCACUACUUGCGUCGGAACCCGCGCGUCUGAGUUGGAGCCUGGGGACGAGGCUGGUCUGUGCCAGUGUUGGUAGUGACAUUAGAUAGCUUAAGAUCUACGACGUCGACGCCAGCUAGGACGUCAGAGCUAUAAAGCAUAGGACUGGGACUAGGACGUCGUCCUAAAUAAAUAAACUUCCACUUAUAUAUUAAGUUUCACGACUUAGACAUUUAAACUAUAAAUAUUUACAUACUUUUGAAAAUGAAUUUAAAAGAACCGUGUGAACCCAUUACCGUUUGUUAUGCUCUUGUAUUUACGACGGUAAAACUCUUGUUGUGAGGUUGUCGACGUUUGGUGAACGACGAGCAAAUUGAGAGAGACACAUGCAUACUUCAAAAACUAUUACCAAUUCACUUCUGCUUGCCGCCCUAAAUAUUUGACGUCGUAGAUACUUGAGCUAUCGACUUAUUCAGGACGACGUCCUAGUCCCAGUCCUCUGCUUAGCCCUGACGUCCUAGCUGACGUCGACGUCGUAGAUCUUAAGCUAUCUAAUAACACGAGAAAGCUGGGGAUUGAGAGGAAUUCAGCUACAUGAAAAAUACAAUUAAAACCUCAACGUUUCGAGCGAAGAACGGCUUCGUCAGGAAGUGAACUUCUUGAGACGAAGGCUCUUUGCUCGAAAUGUUUGAGUUUUACGUGUAUUUUUCAUGUAGUUGAAUCAAUCCCCAGCUUUCUCAUUCAUACACUUUGACUGUUUUAUCAAAUGUGAAGGUACGAAUUACAAGAACGUGGUUUAAUGAAUAAAGAAGAGGUGCAAGUUGUUCCCGAUAUUUACAUCAGGUUGGUCAUUAUUUAUUUUGUGUCUAUAAAGAUAAAAGGAAAUGCAUUGUAUCAACAGGAAAGGCAGAAUUUGAAGUGGGGAAAUAUAAUUGUUGUUGUGCUAGGUGAUUGUGUUACGUUGAAUUUGGUGUUCUUUUAAGAACUGGCUGAUCAGUCCUUGGUGCAGUCAUUUCUCUCCGACUGUUUUCUGACUAAAGAAACACAAUUAUGUGUUUCUUAAUUAACUUUAUCUUUAAAAAGACUGGUGAAAGUCAACUCAAAACAUUUUACAUUUACCUGCAUGGCUUGGUUAAUUUUAGCCACCCGUUAUUUCCUAUAAAAUUUCAGUAUUAGAACGCCUUUGAGAAGAACAGGACUAACUCCAUUUAUCACGAAGACACAAAGCGUUUGGUAAUAUAUGCAAGAGCUAUAGUAGUGUUAUCGAUAUUGAACUGACAUCACCUCCAUCCUACAUUUAUGAGGGCGUUUCAUCAUCGGAUUCUCUUUAUUUCUGUAGAAAUCAACAUUUAGAUGAUUUGGUAAAAUCUUUACGUGAUGAAGUGAGACGAUUUAAAGAUGCUGCAGAGUAGGUCUUGUUGUAUUUUAUCUUUACUUACAUUUUAAAAUCUGACAUUCCAGAGAACAACGAAAAGUUCGCUGUGUUGAGCGGAAUUCAAACACUGGUUUCUAGAUUGCCGCUCUACCAAUUUGAGCUAUCACAGUUUAUUCAAUUAGUCAAUUUUUUUCAGCCUCGUACCAGGCCUGCUCUUUUCUCAGCGAGGUAGGAUCGUAGAGGAAUGAACCUGGGUACGAGCUUGAUUUAAUGUCUUAUAUAAUCACUGCAUUCUUUAGCCGUGCACGUCAGACGUAUGUCCGUUUAAGAAAGGAAAGAGAUUUUCACAGAAUGCAUCAUAAGAGAGUCGUUCAGGAGAAAAAUAAACUCAUUACGGAUCUCCGAAGGUAAGACCUAUAUCCAGUAUAUCCAUUACAAAAUUAAACAAUAAGCACGGAGUAACCCAAGACUUGCCUGUACCCGAGAUCGGUCCUUAGUCAGGUGUCACUCUUUAUAGUUUUAGAGGGGGGAGGGGGGGGGGGGGCUAUAGAUGAAACACCGAAGUGAGUGUAUACCAUUUGGAAAGGUUCAUCAAAUAGUCCUUGGCAAUGGCAUGCUUAAAAAUAGAUAUUUUUACCAUUUUCACUUCUCACAGACUGAAGAAACAUUAUGCUUCAUAUGAACCAACGUUGAAAACACUCAAACAGAAAUAUGAGGUAUGAUUUGCGUACAAUCGUUUUCGAAAAAAAAGGUAGGUACUACUUAAUCUUUGUUUUGCAUUUUAUUCCUGUUAGGUUGCCUUGAAGGAAAAAAUGUUAACAAAACUUGAACGAGACAGAGCAGUCGGACAGGUUGGCAUUAUUUUAGUUAUAUAUUUCAUAUUUAACCGAUUAGUUUAUGCACGACAAAAACUAAUUUUACGAUUGAGUAGAAAGUUUGUGUGCGUACAGUAUGUUUUUGUCAAUGUACAUAAAACAUUCUACAUUAUACGCCGGUUUCCACAAGAAGCGUUUUCGAAACGGUACCAUGCACUGGCGCCAUUUUUACUGGUCGUGGGUACCGUGCCGAAAACACUUGUUGUGUAAACCGGUUUAUAUUACUCCCUCGAUUAUUCAGUAAUCCAAGUUCGUAAAAUUAGCGUUGAAGGAUUUAUGUCGUCUCUAGAUUGUUGGUCUUCAAGCCACUUUCCAAAAUACUGCAGAGACUGUGGAGACGGACGAAAGUCGUGGAAGCAGAGGUAUUUUAAGGCUUAGGUUUGGUACCCGUACCAUUUUUAUUCAUGUACGGACUGCCUAUUUACAAAGGCUGAGCAGGGAUAAAUUUGGUACGGGUACCAGUUUUAUCCGUGCCGUACCAAAAAGUGAGCGUAUUGUAAACGAGGCUUUCUAUCCUCCUACGGAAUACGUAUCAUACAUAAGCGCUAUGCGAGACUUGAGAAAACGUUACUUAAUAUGAACACUCGUUCAUUCAGAUUUAACUAUUGUAAGAAAAAUUGACAGGCAGGCUUUGUGAAUUUCAAGCGUUGUUAUGCAUAGUCCUUGUUGUGGAAACCGCUUGAAAGAGAUUUAAAUGAAAUCGCUAGUAAUCAGGAAUAAUUUAUCUUACCAUAGACGACCCAAACUUGAAGGUUUGGUCUCAGUGGUGGACACUGCGCGAAAUAUUGCGGGGUGGGGUGGGGUGGAGGUGGCGAAUUUUGGUCGCCACCAUGCAUAUGACCACUAUCUUAGUUAUUUAAACAUUGUUGUCUUACAUUUCAUGCAUUAUAUAGCUAAAUCUAUAGUCUACCAUGCUUUCAUGGUCGAAAAAUAAUUGUCACAGCUUUGUUACACUGUUAUUCGGCUAUCAAUCAAAGGUUUUUCGGAAAGUAUUGUGGAGGCGGUUGCUCCUCCCCCUGGCCCUUCCUAGUGUUCGCCAUUGUUUGCUCUUCAUUACAUUUAACAUGCAGAUGCUGAAAAUGCUGGAAGAAAGAAAUCACCGGAAAAGGAUGACGUUCCCAGCGGCAGUAAGCCUGUCAAACAUCCAAAGGUUUGGCUAGAUUACAACUAUUUUGGUUAAUGGUUAAAGAAUCCAUGACUGAUUUACUUAAUUGUUUGACUACUUAUUAGUUACUUCCAUUUAUUCUCCCCUGAUAAGAUUACUUCACAGAAAAAUUUGAACAUUUUCGAAAAUUGCACAAACCAAUAUUUUUAUUUAGAAAAACGCAUUACAUUUACAUUUUGUGGCCCAAAAGAUCUAUCAUAUCACAUAGUCUUUUGCUUUAGUAUUAUUUAACUCUGUCCAUAGCAUCUGAUGAAUUUACUUGUCAUUGAGAGAUUCCUUGCAUGGGCGAAACGGUUUUAACUUGAACCGAUCAGGGCCAUUUAUGUUCAUCCCACGUCUGUGUUUCUCUCAAAACGUAUACCAUAUAAAUGACAUAUAGAUCGUCCUGGAAGAUACAAAUAUUUAUUUUUUCUGUUGUAGGACAGUACGUUUCCUCCUGAUAUGGGAAUUAAUCCACUGUUGACCCAACACAAAGGACCAUCGCCACAUCUCACUAGAGCUGGUGGUUUUAGACUCACCAAUACCAUUACUGCACACAAUCUUGCUGUUAGUGCGUAAGUAGUUCAUAUAUCAUUAUGAUCUUGGCCUGCAGUACUGUACCAUGCAUCGAUGGGAUAUUAGGGCCUCUUUAUAUGGAGGCGAGUUACCCGGCAAGGCGAGUUACUCGGUGGCAACGGCGAAAUCCCUGCUAUUAUAGAAACUAAUAGUAAUCCCGGGUGACUGUUUACAUGAUGCAGCCGAGUAACUCGCCUUGGCGACUUCCCGGCAGAAAGAGGCGGGAUAAAUAUUUUCCAUGUAAACACUUUGCCCGGGAACUCGGCCUCCGAGAUAGAAUGCAUGUGCUUUGUCAUUGAAAUAUAAUAGCUCAAAAAUACAUACGAAUCGAUAAAUAAGUUUUUCUGAAAUGCUCGGCGCUUAUUCUUGUACUUUCACUAUAUUUUGUAAUGUUUUUUUAGCGUUUCAAACGACUUAAAUCCUUUUUGUGUUUUGGCGCCAUUUCGGCGUCAUGCGGCAAUCAUGCAGCAAAUGCCGAGUAACUCGUUUCCGUAUAAACAGAGCGCUUUGUCCCGCCUGGGCAGGUAACUCGCCUCCAUACAAACAGGCCCUGAGAGAGGUUCAUAUUUGGCUUCCACUACUGCUGCCAUUACCUCUCAUAUCAAACUCAUCUUAUUGGUUAAUGGUCCUUUAAUGAUUGCGGGGAUAGCGGUAGCUGAACCUCUCUAUUUUAACGGUAGCCGAAGCAAAAAUAUAGGCAUGUAUUUCUGUUUAACGUUGUGGAUUAGAUAUAUCAUCCUUCUCAGAAAUCUUUUGCAUGCAAAAGCAAGGUAACUGCGGGAUAUACUAACCAGAGUAAACAUUAGAUGAGAUAUAUACCGAUUUGGAUAACAGCUAGUAAGUGUAUCACUUAUUUGCCAACAUAAUCCUGAUAGAUUUAUCAAGUUUAAACGGACUUUUACAGCUUACCAGUUAUUUUCAAAGAUAUGAGUGGAACACUUGUAAUUCAGCGAAUAUCACAAAAUUGUAUAUUUCAUUUUAGCAUUGCUCUUCAUCCUCGCAAACAAGUGUUAGCAACGUGUAGUGAUGAUCACACGUGGAGAAUGUGGUCUGUUCCAAGGUAGAGACAAAAAAGAUCUUAUUCAAGACAUCUUAGGGGUUUAACGUCUUCUUUGGCGUUUAUAAGAAUGUGGAUAUUCACAGAUACUCGACACCCUCAAAAGAUAGCAUAAACGCCAACAUUUUUACUAAUUCUCCUGACGAAUAUCAACAUUUAGGAUAAUCAAGGAGAACUUCGUCUUUACGUAUGACAUAACAAGACCCGCCACUCUUCGAAUGAUUGAUUUUCUGUUUAUCAUUUUAGUGGAGAUAUAAUAAUGACUGGUGAAGGACACAAGGACUGGAUUGCAGAUUGCGACUUUCAUCCGGGGUAAAUAUUAACUAACUAUCAAUGACAAAUAAAUGUCAUGUUACAUGCAUGCGUGCUACAUACUAACUAUUGUACAAGCUAGAUGAGUACUCAGAAAUAACGUCGUUGACGGUAAUGGAAGUAGGCCUUGGUGAUAAUAUACGUUCUGCGUUCGUGAUUAUAUUUCUUUCUUCGCCUUUUCUAUUUCUGGAAAAAUCCCUUAUAACUGAUUUUCUAAAUAAUUUGUAUUGUGCGGGCAGCUGAGUUGAAGAUAAUACUCCUGUGUUAAUAAACUAGAGGCAUACACUGUAGUGAACAAGCAAUAUCUCACGAUGCUUAAAUCCUAUAGUGACAGAACAUUUCCAAUUUGUUUUAGUGGCGGUAAUUUGGCGACUGUGUCUGGUGAUGCAACAGUAAAGAUCUGGGAUUUCAGCAAAGCAGAAUGUAUUUUGACAUUUACAGAUCAUAUUCAUGCAGUUUGGGGUUGUUCUUGGCAUUCGUGUGGAGAUUUUCUCGCCACCUGUUCCAUGGAUUGUACUGGGAAAAUAUGGGAUAUUAACAGGUAUGAUAUGAAAUCAUUACAGCCAAUAUUUUGGCCGCCAUAUUGAUUUUAUUAAUUCAUUGUCUGACAGAUGAUUCAUUUGUUUAUCGGAAUUGUUGUAGACACAACUGAGGUGAAACCAUUUUUGGUGGCUCAGACUGGGAAAUAAGCAUAGCCUAUCGUAUCUUAGCAGCCCUAAUUAUAUUGAAAAAAGAAUAUUAUCAGUUAUUGUGAGAUUAUAGUUCCAAUAAGCAAUAUUUGUUUUACUCUAUUUCUAUAUUGAUUCUUCUAUUUCUUAGUGAAAGAUGUCGUUCAACUCUUCGUGGUCAUGCUGAUUCGGUAAACAGUAUUACGUUUCUGCCAUAUUCUAAUAAUUUAUUGACUUGCUCUGCUGACAAAACUCUCUCUUUGUGGGACGCAAGAACGGUUAGUAUUGUGAUAAUAAUUGCUUAACAUGCUGUAGAAACGUAUGAAAACUGAAAUAAGAUUUUGACGUUGUUUUCCUUUUCAGAGUUUGUGCGGUCAGACGUUCUUUGGUCACAUGCAUUCUAUCAAUCACUGUGCUUUUAACUUGAGAGUAAGUAUUUUCUACACAGGGGGUAUGAAAAAAGUGCACUUUUUCACCAGCAAACCCAAAAUUCCGCAAAUUCUGUGAAAGUAAUGUGAAAAAAUGUAGUUAGUAUAAUCACAUAGGUGAUUAUUGAAAACUCUCCACGCUGAUUGGUUGCCGUUGAGGUGAUUAUAACGCGAUGAUCACCGAAGCGAUUUUCGAAAUGGCGGCGAAGCCGUUUUGUCAAUUAAAUGACGAAGAAAUGUGUAUUUUAUAUUUUUUCCAAAUAAUCACCUAUGAAAUUAUACUAAAAUAAUUAUUCACCUCAGGUUCGGUGAUUAUCGUCAAUAAAAACCUCGACUUCGUCUCGGUUUUUAUUCACUGAUAAUCACCUCGCCUUCGGGGAAUAAUUGUUAAUUAAGGGUUUUCCGAUUUCUUCGACUACUCACACCAAAAUGUUUCUUAAAAAUAAACUGCCGAGUACGAAAGGGCUGCUUUGCCAACCGCACUAGGAAUGGCUUGCGCGAAUUGAAUUCGUAGAAGCAAGCUUAUCAAGUUUACUUUAUGGCCCAUGAAAGAACAAUGUGCUUUAAGCCCUUCUCGGACUGUCCAGGUCACUAAAAUUUGGACGUUUUCGCUGCAUAAGCGUUCAUGCAUGAUUGAUUUCAAUACAUUUGACGAAUUAGCAUUUCAUGCGCGAUUAGAUCUCUUUCAAUUCAUGGUCAAAACUUCAAAUGCCAUAAAAGUCCCCGUGUUAGCGGUCAGGCGGUAGACGUAAUGCACUCAUAUGCAGCACAUUUCAAACUUCGCCCCUGUGGAUUCAAUUCGCGUUUUAAAUUUUCUAUUUUUGUGCAGUCGGCAUUUUUAAUGUGAUUCACAAAAACUCGGAAGUUUAAUUUGAAAUAUGUACUGUUGUGGACAAAAAGGGCACCUAGCCAUCCGGUGAAUUAGGGCGCUUUCCAUUGACAAGAUCAGGUCAAGCAAAUCGAUCAAAUUGUUAAAUGGAACACAAAACAUUCGGACUCCACACGGGUGUGAUCGAAAUAUUUGGACCAAAUAAGGUCGAUUUUGGUCAGAUUUUCGAAAAACCUGGACCACGUCUUUCCAUCAGUACAGAGAAUUUCUGGUUUGACUGGCCUUGUCAUUUAAUGGACGGAGCCUUAGUCUCACGUUUUGUUUGUUAACAACAAUGAGUAGUACUGUAAGUUUAGGUUUAUAGUAAAUCUUCCAAGUGAUGUCUUCAGUAAAAGUUUGUUUUGCUGAGAGUACCGUAAUUAGAGACAGUGUAAUGCUGGUUUAAUCUGUCGUGUGCCCAAGGCAGGAAUCUAAGUUUGAAGAUGAAUAGGCCAAAGACUAACUAGACAAUACACAGGAACGCUGGAACUAGCCCAUUUCAUUUUCGUUUAUUCAUAUUAAUAUGCGGGUUAUGUUAAAAUGUGGAAAGAGCUUUUCUUGUCAUAUUUAGGGUGACACGGUGGCUUCGUGUGAUUCCUAUGGUGUUAUUAAAUUAUGGGAUGUCCGUACAGUUGGCUGCCUUGCCAGUGUUGAUCUUGGUCCACACCCGGCUAACCGAGUAUCCUUUGAUCCAAGUUGUACAGUACUGGCCGUAGCUAGCAAUGAUGGUUCCGUGCGAAUGUAUGAGGUAGCUUCAGGAAAACAAUCACAACUAACUGGUCAUGAAGAAGCUGUUCAGACUGUGUUGUUUGAUAAAACUGGAGAGUUCUUGCUUUCUGCUGGCUCUUAUGGGACUCUUAGAAUUUGGUCGUGAAUAGUUGUCAUGGACUUUGUUCACAAUAUAAUGUACAUAAGCUUGCAUUUGAAAAUAAUUUUUAAUUUUGCUUUGGGUUCUUUCAAAUCUUGUUUCAACUGUGUAUAAUAUGUUGAGAAGACUUUAUUCUUUUGAGAUUCUUUUGAUAUACUUUAAAAUAAAUAGGUUACACAAUAAAUAACUUAUUAUAAACAAUAAUGAUUGAUUUUACAUUCAUUGUUAACGCUCAUUGAACUACAAAUUGAAACGCUCAUUUCCAUGAUCAAAUCAUAUGAUUGGUUGAAACCAAUCCGCGGGAAAAUGAAAUAUUAAAAGGACUACGGGAGCUUCGAGAAGUGAGGAAAUUACUCUCGAUUUCAAUUUGCUUUUCAAAACUGACUUCCAAUGUUUACUUGUAAAUUCGAAAUGUUCGUUGUAAAGUUCCGAAGUUUGUUUCGAAGUUCGUUCCGAUGAUUUACGAUAUAUUCAAAUUUAGUAAGUUGUAAUUGGCUAGUUAAGUGAACCAGCCAAUCAAAUCGCUUGCUAUUGAAUCAUCGUGAAUCAUCGUAACGAACUUCGAAACAAACUUCGGAACUUUACAACGAACAUUCCGAAUUUACAAGUAAACAUUGGAAGUCAGUUUUGAAAAGCAAAUUGAAAUCGAGAGUAAUGUCAGUCAGACGUUCGGUUUUGGGCAAAAUUUUGUAAGAACUUUAUUUCAUCAGCGCUUCAAUGUUUGGGAUUCAAAUUUGGUUGUUCCAUUAGGUCUGUCUACUUUUAAAAUCCAUGUUUGCAUUUAUCAGCAGCAAAGACACUUUGGCAUUUUGAAAAAAAAAAUACAAAAGUUUGAACAUGCCAAAGCAGACUUUGCUUUUAAACUCAGAGAAAUAUAGUAUAAAAAGGUCGAAACAUGAAUAAUUUAACGUUUUUCAAGAGUAAUGGCUUGUUACCUUAUUUUUGGCUAUUAUGAGCACUUUAAAUGACAGCAAAGCCAGCUAUUCUUAUUUUAACUGUUGAAAAUUUACUAAAUACGGAAAGCCUAAAAAUUUACAGAUCUAGAAACUUUAUUUUUCAACAGAAGUUUGUAAAACGGGACUAGCACUACCUAUCCCCUGACGUAUUCCAGUUUAACUAUCAUUUAAUGUCAACCCCGCUAAUCAUAAUGGUAACACCUCCCUGGAUUUAUGUACUUUAAAGUGGCUAGCGUGUUUACAUAAAGUUUUACCUUCCCCGCCUAACAUAACUAGAGUCAAGCCAAGAUCAUGCCGACCUUGUUAGCUUGAUUUUUCUACCUCUAAAUGUCUUUCUGAUAUGCAUGACACGAUUUUAAUGUAUAUUCACGCACGUAUGAUGUUAAUUUCAGAAGCACCUUCAUAAUUUUGAAAAUGACAUGGUUAAACAGUAUUUCUGCAUUUGUCCACUUAUCACAAUGGUGAAAGAUACCCUUAAACCUUACUAUCACAAUUUUCUACGUUCUCCGAACUAAUACGACGACCUACGACUGACCAGCGACGGUUAAUAUCCCAGAAUGCUCUGCAAUAUGGCUUCAUACAGUGUAGGUAACCACAACAAUAGCAGAAAUAAGCCACGGCUACAAUACAUAGACAGUACAGAGUGAUACAUAGAGCUGACGUACAUUUGUUGGUGGCUAUCCACAUCACCAUGGCCAGGAACAUAAACAUCACUAUACUGUAUAACAUUGACAAGGUCGUCACUGCAUCGCAUGAUUUUGGUUUCUGCCAC